GGUGCACGGUGGUAAGGUGGUAAAGCAAUGACAUUGUCAUAUACGUUUAGAAAAGUAUUUUUCUGCUGGCAGCAGAAUCCUCAAUGUGAAUAGUAAUAUGAGGCCCGUAAAAAAUGAAGAUUUGCGUAACGUGCGUGUAUUGGACAUUACUUUUUAUAUCAGUCGCUUCCAGUGCCCUCCUCUUCAUCAUAGUAGCUUCAGAAAGUGCAGAAGCUAAUUAUUAUUCAUCCUUUAAGAAGAAUGAAACAUCAGAGACUUAUGAUAAUGAUACAUUGGAUUCAUCUAAAAUAGCUGUUGUCAAAAUACAGAAACCAAGAAAAUUAGAGACCAAUUAUAAAGAUCAUUAUUAUCGAGAAAAAUUGACUAAAGAAUCCACCAAGUUUAAAACUAUUGUAAGUGGUGAAACAAGGAAAAAAGAGAAUCCAUAUAAGGGUGCAGAUAUUGUGGCCGAGAGUCUUCUGCAACAACCCAAUCUAUCUCAGAGAAUUUCUGUAACUGAACAAGCUGCAGUGUUGACUUUGGUAGAUACAGCCACAGCUGAAUUACAAAGCUUAGUAGAACCAAAAUUUAGUUCAGAAUUUUCAAGGGCAAGAUUAUUUGGACAAAAUUUGUCCCUGUUAACAAAAACAACUAAUGAUGAGGAAGAAACGAAAAAGGCACAUGUAGAAACUUCACCCAGUACACAAAUUCUGUCGACAAUUAUUGAAGAAAGUGCUGAAACAUCUAACAAAACAAGUGUUCUUGAAAAAGAAUUGUUACUACUGCCAAAUGAAAUUAUGGAAGAGACAUUAGAAGGAGUAGUGAUAGUAAGAGCUAAACAAGGUCCAAUUAUUGAUGAGACACAGUUUCCGGAAGAUGAGGUUAAAACAUUUCCCGAUGAGGUUACAAAAGUAGAUGAAAUAGUUACGACAGCUCCUGAGAUCAGAGAUACUGAUGCCAAAGCUCAAUUAAUGGGACAUAACAGCGAUGAGGCUGCCACAAUUAUGCUUCCUAAAAAAAUUGUGCCCGAGGGAUCUCAUGAUCCCCACGAAGAUAUUCCAUCUUUCAAUGAAUGGACACAAAAAAGACUGGAAGAAGCUGAAAAGAAAAAGACUCAUCCAAAUGCAUCGGUUCAAAAUUCUGGAACACCAACCCGAGGAAUUGGUGGAAUGAAAGUUCGUUCUAAAAAUUAUGCUUCUCCCGAUUGUGGGGCAAAAGUUGUAGCAACGAAUCUAGAAGCUAGAAGUGCUAGAAGCGUUUUAGCAUCUACUAGAGAUGAAUAUAUGCUAAAUACUUGUACAUCUCGCAUAUGGUUUGUGGUGGAACUCUGUGAGGCCAUCCAGGCCAAAAAAAUUGAGUUGGCCAAUUUUGAAUUAUUUAGUUCAUCUCCAAAGGACUUUUCGGUAUACAUUAGCGAUCGUUUUCCUACAAGAGACUGGAGUGUAGUUGGUCAGUUCACUGCAAAAGAUGUAAAGGAUAUUCAAAGUUUUGCCUUACAACCACAUCUUUUUGGAAAAUUUAUUAAAGUGGAACUUCAUACGUACCAUGGGUCUGAACAUUUUUGUCCCAUUUCAUUAUUUCGUGCUUACGGUACCAGCGAAUUUGAGGUCCUAGAAACGGAGACGGAAAAUCAAAUCUCGAGAGAAGUAAAUAUAAACGUGGACGACGAUGAAGAUAGCGAUGAAGAGGAAGCUUUAGACGUUGAAGUUAGCGAAUCAUCAAGAAACUUAUUUGGUAGCGCUAGAGAUGCUGUGUUAAGCAUCGUAAAGAAAGCAGCCCAGGUCCUGGGUAAAUCCAGUGAAUUAACUGAUAACAACAUUACAAUUGAGCAAAGUAUAGAGGACAGCAUUAUUCUUGGAGAUUCUUUUGUAAGUUGUACAACACCAAGAUACACGAUUCUUUGUAAAAAUUGCACGGCUCAGAAAUUUGCAAAAGUCUUCCAAUUAGUUAGCUGUAGGAAUCGUCAACUACAUCAAGUGUUAAGUAUGAACCUGGUGUAUGGAACUUUAAAACAAACUGGAUUCUGCCAGAAAUAUGGAGUGGAUUGUCUAGGAGAAGAAACUGAGGAAGUCGGAGAUACAAAAGGAAGAUUUAAUGUAACUAAAAAUUUUAAAUCAUCUUUCUUAACAUCUAUCUUUAAAUUUGAAUAUAUUGCAGCACUUUGCAAUAUAUUAGCACUAAAAGAAGGCAAAAUGGUAUUGAAUACGAGUUACGAGGUACCAUUUAAUUACUCUAAAAACAGCAGUAAAGAAAACAUAUCUCAUAAAAAUAGUGAAGACCAUAGUAGUGAGUCAGUCAAGACAUUUGAAAGUACAUCAGCUAUAUAUACUUCGAGCUCAAGCACUGGUAGUUCUAAAUCUUCUCGAGAAUUUCAAAUAACUAGUCAGGAACUGCCAAGCGAAGAAACUGAGAAUUUCAUUGAGACUUCCUUGAAUUCUGAAAAUUUCGCUUCGCAAAUUAAAUCUGUUAAGACAUUUGGGGAAGAAGAAAUAAAAUACGAUUCCUCAGUUCCUGUUUUGGAAUCCAGCAAAAAUAGUAUAGAAGAAAUUGUUCCAACUGAAGUUUUAAUGACUGUUCCUAUGUCCCCGAAUAGUGGACAGCACACAAUUAUAAAAGUUUCCGAAGAACCAUCUGUUUCUCCUGGUACUUCGAUUGAAAAUACUUCUCAAACGACUACCUCCAUUCCAGUAACUACUAGUGAUAAUAAUGAAGUCUCGCAUGAUGAUGUCGUGAGUGACGUAGAGCCUUUAGAAAUUCGAGGUACACAAACUAAUAUAGAGAAAAUGGAACGAUUUGAUCAAGAAGGGAAGCAAGGGCAGCCUGAGAUACUGGAUCAAGAAGUAAAAUUGUCUUCUCAAGAUUCUCUGACGUUCGAUACGCUAUUGUCAGAUCUGAAGGAUUUAGAAGGGGAAGCAGUGCAGAUGCAAAGUGGAUCUGCUGCAAGCGCUUCUGUAACACAAUCAACGGUAAACAUUAUGCCGCAGAAAGAAUCUGUUUUCCUUAGAUUAUCUAAUAGAAUCAAGGCAUUGGAAAGAAACAUGUCCCUGAGUGGACAGUAUUUGGAGGAGCUAAGUCGACGUUACAAGAAGCAAGUAGAAGAAAUGCAGAGGUCACUGGAGCGUACAUUAUCAGUAAUGAGUGAGGAAACAAGAAAGAGAGAUGAACGUGAACUAAAGAGAGCAGAAGAAAUCGCCAUGUUAAAAGAAGAAAUAACUACUCUGUCAGCAUCAGUGAAGAAUCUUUUGUAUGAUCGGAAUAGUUGGCGUGGAACAUUUUCAAUAAUAGGUCAAUACAUUUUGUUGUUAUGUUUUCAAAUUUUUUUAAUAUUUUUGGUUCUAUUGUACUGUCGAGGAACCAAGAAGUUCGAGAGAAACGCAAAACAGCAAUUGAAGAAAGACACGAUGCGACGAAAGAGUGCAGAAAAUUUUAGUUCGCACACAAAGAAAAGUAAAAAGCGACGACCCAGCGAGAUAGCUUCUCAUAUUACUGGCACAUACCGCGAGUUGAUGAUAGAUGAUAGAUCUCACGAAACUAAGAAAGAAAGAAAGAAGAAACGGAAAAAAGAAGCCGCGUGUAGUAGUAGCAAUGUGAAUGUUAAUAAUGACGGACGAAUGAAUACAAUUGUACAUUAUAAACCCCCACCGAAUAUUGUUGUGCGUAAUGAAGAAGUAGCUUCAAGAAGUACUUCAUCUAUUGAAACAUCUCAAGUAAAUAAUUCUCAAAUUUGUAGAAGGGCGCUGCUUGCCUCGGAGAAUACAGUUAACUGGUUUAAUAAUUAUGGAUCUGAAGACAGUGUUCAACUAACAAUACCAUGCAACGCAAAUUUUGAAACAGAGUCUGUAGAAAGCUACGAAUUGAGUAGUUCAUAUAUUGAAGAUUUGAACGAAUCGAAUUCAUUGGCGGUAAACAUAUUUACAGAAAGUGUUAAUCCACACGAACAAGAUGCUAAACUGUCAACAGAUGUUUUGAAUUUUAAUAAUAGUGGUGUAAUCCUGAAAGAUACAAAAUUGAACGCAACAUCCUUCUUUAUAAAAACUGCUCUGAGUACAAGAAAAAAGAGAAAAGCUCAUUUGUACAAUUCUGUAAACGGGGAACAGAGUAAAAAUUCGGACAAUAUCGAUGAUAAAUCUGUAGGAACGGGUCCUACUGCUUCAAUGUCAUUGCCCAAAAAUGUUUGUACUGACUGUGAUACAACUAUUAAUGGUGUAUCAGUGGAUCAAAGUGAUGAAUCUAGAAACAGUAGUGUCAUAUCGAUGCCAAAAAAAAAGGACAGGAAAACCACUGGUUUUAGGAAGAUGGUGAGAAAAUUCUUUUGA